AGGUGUUUAAUACAGGAACAAAUGGUCAGGGACAGCUGAUCCUGCAGGUGUUUAAUACAGCAACAAAUGGCCAGAGACAGCUGAUCCUGCAGGUGUUUAAUAUAAGCAGCAAUCCAGUGAAAAAUAGUUUGUUAGUAGGAGCUGAACAAGAGUGAUUGCACGCAGCCCCUUUUGAUGUAAUAUACGCACAUUCAUGUGACUCAGCAGGGUAGAGAAGUGGUUCUCAGCAUCUGCACACACACUAACACACACUCAUUCACAUAAUUACUCUCUCUUCCUUCGCCAGUCUGGAGAUGUUGGACAAGGUGGAGCCCCCCUCUAUCCCAGAGGGUUAUGCUAUGUCUGUGGCCUUCAGCGCCCUGCUGGACCUGGUCCGAGGCAUCACUUCCAUGAUAGAGAGAGAAUUGGCCAAGGAGGAGGAGGAGGCGGCUGUACGCAGAGAGGCCAACCCAGACCAGAACACCCAGCCUGAGCCUGGGGCCCAUCUGGUUUGGGAGGAGAUGGUCAGUACGUGUUGGUGUGGUCUACUGGCUGCCCUCUCUCUCCUGCUGGACGCCAGUACAGAUGAGACGGCGACAGAGAGCAUCCUGAAGGCGGAGCUGACCGUGGCGGCGCUGUGUGGUCGCCUGGGCCUUGUGACGCCCCGCGACGCCUUCAUCACAGCCAUCUGCAAGGCCUCGCUGCCCCCACACUACGCCCUGACUGUCCUCAGCAGUAAUACAGCCAACCUUAACAACAAGGCUAAGAAGACAGCCUCUAAAACCGCGCCAUUGGCCAAGGCCACCACCACGCACCCUCCAAAAAUGUCUAGGGGAAACACUGGCGCGUCCUACUCCAUCCAGGGCCAGAGUGUUCAGAUCAUCAGUUCCUCCAGUGAGUCUCAUCAGCAGGUGGUGGCUGUGGGACAGCCUCUCUCUGUACAGCCCCAAGGCACCGUAGUGCUGACAGCUAAGAAUAUCCAGUGUAUGCGGACCUUGUUGAACCUGGCCCACUGCCAUGGGGCGGUGCUGGGAACCUCCUGGCAGCUGGUGCUGGCCACGCUGCAGCACCUGGUGUGGAUCCUAGGUCUGAAGCCUGGGGUUGGAGGUGCUCUGAAGCCUGGUCGUGCAGUAGAGGGGCCAAGCACGGUGCUGACCACGGCUGUGAUGACGGACCUGCCUGUAAUCGCCAACAUCCUGUCUAGGCUCUUUGAGAGUUCCCAGUACUUAGACGACGUGUCACUGCAUCACCUGAUCAACGCACUGUGCUCCCUCUCUCUGGAGGCUGUGGAGAUGGCCUAUGGGACUAACAAAGAACCGUCUCUAUUUGCUGUUGCCAAGCUGCUGGAGACCGGCCUGGUCAACAUGGACCGUAUAGAGAUCCUAUGGAGGCCCCUCACUGGACAUCUACUGGAGGUCUGCCAGCACCCCAAUGCCAGAAUGAGAGAGUGGGGGGCUGAGGCUGUGACCUCCCUCAUCAAAGCUGGCCUGGCCUACAAACACAACCCCCCUCUGGCACAGAACCAGAGGCUGCAGCUCCUGUUGUUGAACCCGCUGAAGGAGCUGUCCAACGUGCUCCAUGCAGACAUCCGUCAGAAGCAGCUGGAGAGCGUGCUGCAGAUCCUCCAGAGCCAAGGGGACAGUCUGGGGCCCGGCUGGCCCUUAGUGCUGGGCGUAAUAGGGGCCAUCCGCAACGACCAGGGAGAGUCAUUGAUCCGAACAGCCUUCCAGUGCCUGCAGUUGGUGGUGACUGACUUCCUCCCCACCAUGCCUUGCGCGUGCCUCCAGAUCGUAGUGGACGUAGCCGGCAGCUUCGGUCUCCAGAACCAGGAGCUCAACAUCAGCCUCACCUCAAUAGGACUCCUGUGGAACAUCUCUGACUACUUCUUCCAGAGGGGCGAGGCCAUCACCCAGGAGCUAGAGAGGGAGGAGGCCGUGUUACAGAAGCAGGCUCAGGAAAAGGGUGAGCCCCUGAACAGGCCCUUUCACCCGGCCCCUCCCUUCGACUGCCUGUGGCUGUGUCUAUACGCCAAGCUGGGCCAGCUGUGUGUGGACCCCCGGCCCGCCGUCAGGAAGAGCGCCGGUCAGACCAUGUUCUCCACCAUCGCUGCCCACGGCACCCUGCUGCAGCAGUCCACCUGGCACAUCGUCGUCUGGAAGGUUCUGUUCCACCUGCUGGACUGUGUGAGGAAGUCUUCCACUACGGCCGAUAAGGAAAAGAUUGAGUCGGGGGGCGGGAACAUCCUCAUCCACCACUCACGGGACACAGCUGAGAAACAGUGGGCAGAGACCUGGGUGCUGACGCUGGCAGGGGUGGCUCGUAUCUUCAACACCAGGAGAUACCUCCUGCAGCAGCUAGGUGACUUCUUCAAGGCGUGGGAGGUUCUGUUGGACCACAUCCAGUCUGCUGCCCUCAGUAAGAACAGCGAGGUCUCCCUGGCCGCGCUCAAGUCCUUCCAGGAGAUCCUCCAGAUCGCCACACCUGUCAAGGACUCCGCCAUGCCCACCGACGCUCUGGCUGCCAUGGGUGUUUCCCCCGUCCUCAUCGACCCCCUCAGCGCCCCGGGCCCCGGCAGACCCCUGCUGCGCUCCGACUCGAUGCUGGAGAGGCUGACGAGCUACAACGGCGCCGAACUCCAGGCCCCUCCACCAGGGGAGGAAUCGGCACUGGAGGAUGCGGCGCUGUGGUGGUCGGCGUGGAACACCUGGUACCGGACAGGCACAGACAGCACGAGGCCCCCUAGUGGUGGGACGGGGACAGACAGACCCUCCUUCGUCCCCAGCCAGCCCUUCCUGACAGCGUUAGUCCAGAUCUUCCCUGCCCUCUACCAGCACAUAAAGACUGGCUUCAGCAUGGAGGACCUGAGGAAACUGGGGGUGAUCCUCCACGGAGCCGUGUCCAUACCCAUCAGUAGUGACGCCUCGCCCUUCAUCCUGCCCUCUUACACCGAGGCUGUCCUCACCAGCCUGCAGGAGGCCGUUCUCACCGCGCUCCACGUGCUGCAGAAGGCCAUCUGUGUGGGCCCAGAGAACCUGCAAGUCAUGUACCCAGCCGUCUUUGAACAGCUGCUCCUCUUCGUCGAGUUCUCCUGCAAACCCCCCCAGUACGGCAAGCUGGAAACCAAACAUGUGGCCAACGCUAAAUACAACCAGAUCCAGCUGUUUGCACCGGCAGAAUGGGUUGCCUUAAACUACGUGCCCUUUGCUGAGAGGUCCCUGGAGGUGGUGGUGGACCUCUACCACAAAACAGCCUGUCACAAAGCUGUCAUCAACGAGAAAGUCCUACAGAACAUCAUCAAGACCCUGCGGAUGCCCCUGGGCCUAAAGUAUGGGUGUCCGUCAGAGAGCACGUGGAAGCUAGCUGUGUCAUCCCUGCUGAAGGUGCUAUCCACCGGGCUGCCCGUGGCCCGUCAGCACACCUCCUCUGGGAAGUUUGACACUAUGUGGCCAGAGCUGGCCAAUGCCUUCGAAGACUUCCUUUUCACCAAAAGCACACCUCCAGACAAUGUGUCCAUCCAGGAGUUCCAGAAGAAUGAAGCCAUUGACGUUGAGGUGGUGCAGUUGAUCAGCACAGAGAUCUUGCCGUUUGCCAUCUUCAUCCCCAAAGACUUUGUUGGCCAGAUUAUGGCCAUGCUUAAUAAAGGAUCCAUUCACUCACAGUCCUCCUCAUUCACAGAGGCAGAGGUAGACGUGCGGAUGCGGGAGGAGUUCUCCAAAGUGUGUUUUGAGACGCUGCUCCAGUUCUCUUUCAGUAACAAGGUGUCCACGCCCCAGGAAGGCUACAUCUCUCGCAUGGCCCUCUCCGUGCUCCUCAAGAGGUCCCAGGACGUGUUGAGGCGCUAUGUGGACGAUGAGAGGCUGAGUGGACGCUGCCCACUGCCCAGUGGACAGAGGAUGAAGCUUGAUUGCCAACUUCUCAGGCAACAAGUGACGGAAAUCAUCUUUGUCUUAAAAGCUAUCAGCACUUUGAUGGACUCACUUAAAAAGACCCAGCCGGAAAACGUGGAUGGGACCACGUGGGCCCAGGUCAUUGCACUGUACCCUACCCUGGUGGAGUGCAUCACCUGCUCCUCCUCUGAGGUCAGCUCAGCACUGAAGGAGGCCAUGGGGCCCUUCAAAGACUUUAUGCAGCCCCCUGUCUCCAGAGUACAAAACGGAGAGUCCUGACUGUUCCAACCCCUUUUUAUAAUGAAGGAAUUCAUAAUGAAUGUGUCCUCCUGAGACCCAAACACACACUUCUUCACACAAGUGGAUAGACGGACGGUCUCUUUUACUUCAUAUGAGCCCAUCUAACAGACAGUAACCAGUGGCAACUGAGCUCCCCCGGCGACUGCUCGGUCCUCAACGAGAACUCUGACCUGCUACACACGACAUCAUCAAUGUAUGCUUCUAAUACACGCUGGUUGAUACCACCUCCCAUUCUCAUUCUGACUGGCUGGACUUGUGUAUUAACUGCUACAGUAAAACAAUUGCAGUGUUUUCUUUUGGGUUUUCGUUUGUUUUAUUUUGAUUUCUUGAAUAGAGUCGAUGUACAGUGUGUGGUUAGUGUUGAUGUAAUUAAGAAAAAACUAAAAGUACUGGAGCUAUAUGGACCUUUAAAAAGAUUGAGGGGGAAAGAUGAGAUUACCUUUUGAAGUUUUCAACAUCUAGGAUUUUAUUCCAAAUCUUACUGUAACAUUCCAUGUCAUAUUUUAGCUGACCUGAGAAGUGUACUUGUCUGUAUAAAAUAAAUGGGAGAGUUCUACAAAUAAUUAAAUGA